AUGGCUUCAAAAACAGAACCUACGCUUGAUAAAGAAUUGAUCGAAAAGGCAACCACAGCACUUCUUAAAUAUGUUUCAAAAUACCAAGAGGAUAAAAGCAACGACAUUCUCGCAGAUAAAGUACAUUUUGUUUGGCUAAUCGUUUCUACUCACAGGUUUUUAGAUAUAACCAAAGAUAAGCCAGUUAGCAUCCCGCUGAAGUAUCCUUUAUAUGAUGCAUCGACAGAAAUUUGUUUGAUAACAAAAGAUCCGCAGAAGACUUUUAAAGAGCUGGUUGCUUCUAAAAAUGUGAAACGUAUACAAAAGGUGAUUGGAAUAUCUAAACUUCGGAAAAAAUACCAACCAUACGAAGCGAAACGUCAACUAUGUAACUCGUAUGAUUUGUUCAUGGCAGAUGAUAGAGUUAUACCUUUACUUCCAAAAUUACUGGGAAAAUGUUUCUUUCAGAAGAAAAAACAACCUAUUCCUGUAUGUUUAAAGAAUGAAAAGCAUUUCGAGAGAGAAAUUCUCAAAGCUUGUAAUUCUACAUAUAUGCAUUUUAGUCCAGGAACAUGCCUUGCAAUAAAAGUAGGUACAACUAAUAUGACAUCGUCACAACUGUUGGAAAAUAUAAUGACUGCUACUCCGUGUGUCGUGAACAAAAUACCAAGAAAGUGGAAGAAUAUUCAAUCUUUAAAUAUUAAGACUUCUUUUUCCACAAGUUUGCCUAUAUUUAAUGCCGAUCUAUUUAAUCAGAUAUCCGGAUAG